UGGCUGCCCUCCUCCCGCCCCGCACGGCUCCCAGCCCUGCCCUCCCUGCCCACGUACUUUUCACUCCCGCUCGAGGCAGGCUCCGGGCGGCGGCAGAGCUGCCAUGGCAGCCAGCUCUCGCCACUGGCGCAGCUACCUCGGGGUGAUCGUGUCCCGUGAGAGGCAGCGGAUGGAGCAUUUCCAGCGGGCCGAGGACAUCCUGCUGACCCUGCUGGAGGGCGUCCGCGCCAGCGAGCCCCGCUUCCUCGUGGACUACGCCAGGAACCUGGAAGCCUUGGAGUUCGCUCUGUGCGCCUCUGAGGACGCCGUCACCAUAGAAGUGCCCCUGGGGAUCGACGGCGAUACCCUGCGGGUGCUGCCGUGCCGGCCCGGGGACGCCCCCCCGGGGCUCGGCACCUGCUACCUAGAGGUGCCUUCUCCGGGAACCCACUUGCAGGACUGGACCAGCGCCGUGCGUGUGACGGAGCAGGGAGGUGGUGUGAGGUGCCUGGUGCCGGGCAAAGUUCUCCAGCACCUGAAAGAGCUCCUUGUCUCGUCCAUCGUGCGCUGCCAGCGCCUCUUCCUGCUUCAGCCAGGUGACCUCAGCGCCGAGGGCCUGCGGGACGAUGCCAUGGAGCUCUCCUUGCUGAUCCGUGGUGGCUGGAGGACCAUCCGCUUUGCCGUGGUGCCCGUGGUGAGGAGGCGGCAGGAGCCGCUCGGGCUCCAGGGGUGGCAGGGCCGCGGUGGCUUCCCCGAGGGCAGCCUGCGGAAGGCCACGGUGCAGGCACACCUCGUCCCUGCCUCUGCCCAGAGCUGGAGAUCCUCCACUCACCUGCCCAUCCUGAAGCUGCUGCAGGCGGUGGAUGUGAUGAAGGGGCCUCGGCUGGACAGCCUUCGCCUGCUGGACCAGCUGCGCAGCCAGGACUGGGCAGCGGAGGAUGGGGAAGGUGGUCUCACCUUCAACCACCUGAAGAUGGUGCUGCUGUGGAGCACGGAGCUCUUCCCCUCCCCAGAGGACUGGCAGGACCUGGAGGGCUCAGUCUACCGGCUUGUGGUGAUUCUCCUGCGCUGCCUGGCCACCCAGCACCUGCCCCACUUCCUGCACCCAGAAGAGAACCUCUUCAAAGGAGGGGCCUUGGACCUCACCUCGCUCUACCAUAGGGUGGAGAGCUUUGCCCAGGACCCCCAGCGCUUCCUCCGCUUCCAUUUUGGCCUCCCUACACGCACUGGCAGCUGUCAGACAGACCCAGACACUCGAGCCCUCCUGCACCUCUCCACUGCCAACGGGUCCUACUGGCACACAGCCUACUUUGACAUCCUGCUCAGCCAGUUCCAGGUGUACCGGAUCCAGGACAGCAUGCGCCAGGCAGCAAUGUCCCAGCUCCUCUCCAAGAUCCGUGAGGAAAUCCCCCAGCAGAGCUGA